AUGGAUAGAUGGGUUUGUUGGGAAUAUCUGCAGGUAUUGGGCAGAUUCGAAAUUAUUUAGUUGAAAAAAAUCGGAGUUUUUAAAUGGAAACAAAUAGGACCUUAAAGUUCGUCUUGAGGCUCUGUAGAUCUAAGUGAAGGAGACGAAAAAAAUUAACGAAAAAAAUUAAAAUUUUUUGUAAAAAAAGACUGAUGGAAAAAGUCUUUUUAUUUUUCAAAUCAAAGUUUUAUUUAUUGUUUAGUCUUUUUUUGACAGCAGAAUAUGAAAAAGAUUUAAUCUUUCGAGCUCAUUUUUGACCGUUUAAAGGCGCAUGGGCAAGGUCUCGAAGCGAAAGAACACGGCUAAUCGCUUCAAGACCUUUUCCAUGCGCCUUUAAAAACACUCAAUUCAAAAUUGCCUAGGCAGAUCUUAUCCAUGCGCCUUUAAAAAAUCUAAGUUUGAAGGCGUACAGGCAAGGUCUCGGAGCGAAUGGAGAAAAAAGGCUCAUCGCUUCAAGAGCUUCUCCAUGCGCCUUUAAAAACUCUUAAUUCGAAAUUUCAAAGGCAUAUAUUAUCCAUGCGCCUUCAAAAACUCUGAUUUUAAAGGCGCAUAGGCAAGGUCCCGAAACGAAUGAAAAAAAAACUGCUUGUCGCUUCAAAACCUUGUCCAUGCGCCUUUAAAAAGUUUUACAUCGAAGACGCAUAAGAAGAUAUCGAAGCGAAUGUAGAAAAAGGCGUAUCGCUUCAAGACCUAGUCCAUGCGCCUUUAAGAAACUCAUUGAAGAGACUAUAGCUAAAUAAUAGUGAAAGAAAAACAUGAUUUUAAGAAAUUUUUCAUAAAAUUCCCUUGAAAAAACUCAUUGAAGAGACUUUUGUUUCAAGUUUGGUCUGUUGCAUCGAUUUUUUUUCAGGGUCAAAAGUUAUUAAAAAUUCUAUCUUCUCCACGUUUAAAGGCACAUAGGGAAGGUCUCGAAGCGAUUUGCUUGUCGAUGCGUCUUUAAAAACUCUUUGAAUAGACUGUAGUUAGUUGACAAUGAAAAAAAAAUUUUUUUUUCCACUCAACACUUCAAGAAAUUGCCUCAAACUAGAGUCUCUCAUUCUUUGAUCUUGCCAUAAUUUACGAUUACGAAAGGAAAGGCCGCAGACAAGUGAACCAUCGAAGCCAGAACCAAUGAACCAGACCGAAUUUCCCCCCAUUUUUGCGGCCAAUUAUCGUCUUGACGUGUUCGUCUUAAACUUUAGCCGAUUAGCAAUACUAUAGGGGGAAAAAGUUCAGAAAAAAAACGGAACUUUAUUCUCACACCACCGCUGUAAUCAACGUAACAAAUGAUCUGUGUGUUUUGGUGGAAGAAGUGAUUUAGUGGGUGAUGGAGAAGAUGGAAAAAAAGCGGUCACUAUAGGGAUUUGAAGAAAACCGCCCUUGUAGGGGUUAAUAUGAGGUGGUACCUGUAGGGAUUCAGGAUCGGACCAAAACGCCCUUAGAAAUUGAGUGAUCCCUAUAGGGGUAUUUUUUUUCGCAUGGAAAUGCUUCUUUGCAUAUAGUUCAUGACAAAAAAAUCGGCUAGAAUGUCCCCUAUAGGGGCCCCUUUUCCAAGUUUUAGAGUGGAGACUUGAAGGGCCUCUAAGGUUGCCCCUGUAGGGAUCACUCUGAAAUUAGUAAACUGGAAAAAAAAAUCGGCAAAAAAGCAAUGAAAUAAAACAAAAAACGCCAGAAAAAAAUUCUUCAAAAAAUAUGAAAACUUUGGUUUUCAUCAUUCAAAAUGCAUUCUCCAUGAAUUUUACAACACUAGAAACAUAGUAUAAGUCCAUAGCCCGUUUUAAAAUUCAAAAAAUACAUCAAAACAAGAAAAUUUAGGGAAAAAAAUAAUUUGAAAAAUGCGCGUAAAGUCCAGUGCAUUGCGGCGUGCUUGCGGACUUUGCCUACCGUAACCUUUAAAAAUAGUUUUAACUGCCUUUUUAAAUAAUUUUUUUUCUUUUUUUUCUUUCUCAUAAUGAAAUAUUGUUUCAGAACAAGUCGAUAUCUUCGAUAUGCUUGCCCUUGACGCAUUAUCUGAAGAAGAAGUUGAGAUGGGCCCAGCAAACGCGGCGACUUUGGGCGGCUGAGCCGCAUUUGACGGUUUUUUCACAAACUUUUCAUGUGAAAAACGUGGAAAUCUAUUGCUAAUAAUUUUUUUAGCCUUUUUAAAUUCUGUUUCUUUCAAAAAAUUGAAUGAGAUUAUGAAAAAAAAAUGGUGGCAUUGAAAAAAUUCGUACAAUUCUUUUCAAAGGUUAAGUUUUUUUUGGCAAAGGUGACUGUAAUAACGAAGAACUGACUAAAUACCUAAAGGGACCACUUGGAUUUUUAAAAAAAUGUUCUUUCCUCUAACCCCUAAAGAGAUCACUCUGAGGUUCCUAAGAUUGUGUCUUUUUCAUUUUUCUAUGACCUCAAAGUGGAGAGAAGAGAGCGCAGACAGGUUAGACUGUGGAACGCUUGAAUGGUCCCUAUAGGGGCACCUUGAAGAUUCCACUCUAGGGGCCACCUAACCUCCCCCGAUUGGGGCAUUAAAGCAUUCGAAAGUGGUCACUUUAGGUUGUUUUAACAAAAAAUUGAAAGACCCCUAUAGGGACCACUUGAGCUUAAAAGCCUCAGGAAGUCAGAAUCUGAACCCCUAUAGGGACCACUUAAGCUUUUCAGGGCUCAGGAGUCCAACCCUAAACCUCUAUAGAAGCCAACUUUGUUUUACCCCUAUAGGGACCACUUUUUUUCGGCCCCUAUAGGGUCUUUCUUCCCCCUAACCCCUAUAGGGACCACUCUGACUCUUCUAGGUUGAAUUUUUUUCUUCCAGGACGUUUACUGCAAGCCGCGACGAUUGCUGGUGGCGAUUUUUAAACUCGGCGAAAAAUUGAGAAAAAUCGACUCCGCUUCCAGAAGUUUCCUGGCGAUUUUGACAAGAUCUGCCGUUUCUGUCGUCAUUUUUAACGAUUUAUUGGUUAUCAAUGAGGUUUUUUGAGGCUUUUUAAAAGUAAAAUAUCGAUUUUUCAGAACAAAAAUGUCAAUUCCCAUGCGUUGAAGUUGGUUUGGCUGGAAAGAAUCGACGACGAUUCUUCGGUGACGGCGAAAAUCCUGACCCCUGAAGUGGACUACGAACUGGUUUUUGUCGAUGAUGAGGUCCUUGGAUGAGGAAAAUUUUAAAAAAUGGAGAAAAAUUGGAACAAAAUCAGGCCAAAUAGGCUGAAAAAGAUCAUUUUUCGAUGAUUUACUGGGAAAACCUCUAGUGGCCCCUUAAGAGGUCCCUCAAGUUCCACUUGGAGAGGACACUUAAGGGACCACUGAAGCGACUAUUUUGCGUCUUAGUGGCCACUAUAGUGGUUUCACUGGUCUGAGGCUUCUAAAGAGGCCACUUAAUUUUAGCCACUUGAGGGGUCACUAUUUUUUAGUGGUCUAGUAGGGCCUUUUAGACUUCCAAAGAGGCUGGCUUUAGUUGCCCCUUAAGAGGCUCGUCAAGAACUACUUGGAGAGGACACUAAAGUGGUCACUAAAAACACUUCUAUAGAAGUCACUAUUUUGCGUCUUACCAGGGUUUUAGUGGUCUGCUAGUAACAGUUAGACUUCUAAAGAGGCCACUUGCUUUUAGCCACUUAAGUGGACACUAAUUCGUCUACUAUAGUGGCUACUAAUACUACUAAUACUAUAGUGGCUACUUAAACGUAAAAACCCUAAAGUGGUUGCUAAAAAAACCUCUACAGAAGACGCCACUGUAGUGGUUUCCGUUCUCUGCGAGUAUCACUUAAAACUCUUAAGAGGCCACUAAUUUCUUGCCCCUUAAGGGGCCACUAAUUAAGCAUUCAAAGUUCGAAAAAAGACUUAUUUUUAUUUUUCUUCAUUUCAAAAAGUUCAUUCAAGGCCUGGCGAGAGUUCCAAACGGCCUGCGGAGCAUGGCGCGACACGAUCGAAGCCUCCCCGAAUCUUGAAACGGCGAAACGGAGGAAAGCCGAACACUUCUUCUCGCCGUACUGCCGGAGUGUCGGACUGGGAGGAGCGCAUUACGAUGGAGAAUGGAAAAUGGGACGGCUUCAUGGACGGUGAGUGGAAAAAUUCAGUUACACUUAUCCAAAAAUCAUCUUUUGGCCGCAAUUGGAAUGGCUUAAGUUGGGUUUUGAGCAACUGGGGAUCGGGCUCAGCUCACAGUGGGACUUCUGAAGGAGAUUUUUUACGCUGAGCUCAAAUAUGGCCUCGAAAAUUGCCCUAGAGGCCUGUGAAAAGAGUUAGGGGCUCUCAAAAGACAAUAAUUUCAGUUCAGUUUUGUAGGAACUUGGGAAAAUUUUAAGUGGCCACUAUAGAGACUCGCCAAGGACUACUUGGAGAGGACACUAAAGUGGCCACUAUUUUCCGUUUUAGUGGCCACUGUAGAGGUCCUCUAUUUAGUGGCCACUUCAGUAGUUUCCAGUAACUCUGAUAAUUUUAAAACAAACAGAUUGAACCAGUUAUGUUGAUCCAUUGACCCCUAAAGUGGCCACUAAAAUUUUUAGUGGUCUAGUAGUAGCAAUUAGACCUCUAUAGUGGCCACUAACCCCUUUAGUGGCCACUAAAACGUCAAAACCCUAUAGUGUCCACUAAGACAAGAACUAUAGCUGAUUUUGGCUUGAACCAUCGAAAAAAGGGUCCUGUCACGAAGAGAAAAGAGACAGUGCUUGCUUGGUGGAGGGCGCAGACAAGCCUUUUCCAAAUUCCGAGAAGUUUUUCAAAAAUUUCCCUGCAGACAGUAAAAUAGGCCAUUUUGAGCCAUUCUGAUUUUUCCAGUGGAACUCUGACUCUGGCCAACGGAAAAAUCACCAAAGGCUGGUUCCGGAACGACGUCGCUCACGGCUUCUGCAUCGUCAUGCAGCCGAAAUCCGUCCCCUCGAACAACGUCUUCAGCGUCUUCUACUACCAGACGCCGUCGGCCGACGAAUCCAUCAACUACGACGUCUUCCGUGGCGUCUUCGAGAACGGCGAGCUCAACUCCUUGACUCAGAUUAGGUACGCAGGGGAACGGGAACGCCAGAGUGGUCCCUAG